AUGCCUCCUGGUCGGCCUGCACGUCAACGCCUCGUGUCCAACGAGAAUGACGAGAACAGCUCGACGCGUAUGACCAGGGCCAAGGCCGCUGCUCUCAACGUCGAAGAGCUCGCCGUGCCCUCCAAGGGUGCCCUACAAACAAAGAAGACGGCCGCCAACACUAUCGUUGCCGGUGCUCAGCGGAAACGCGCCGCGCUGGGCGAUGUCAGCAACGUUGGCAAGGCCGAUGGAACCGAUGGCAAAAAGGGUGCACCAGGCAAGGUCGGGCUGGUCUCCAAGGCCGCCCACCCCACCGGCGUCCAGAAGAACACUACUCGCCCCGCGAGCCGCGCUGCCCUGAGCACAAAGGACAACAGCAAGACUGAGAGCAAGAGGACAGGGUCUGGUGCCGGCGCUCUGGCAGCCGGCCCCAAGAGGAAGGUUGUUUCGUCAACCUCAGUCGCUGCCAAGGAAGAACCCACGGUCGAAGAGGCCGAGCCCCCGACGGCCGAGGACGACGCCAAGGCAGCCGCCCCCAAGGCCGACGAAGCGGCGCCAGAGAUGGAAGAGAAGACGAAGCCCCUGCCCGCGGACCUUGACCGCGAGGACUUGGACGACCCGCUCAUGGUCGCUGAAUAUGCCACCGAAAUCUUCGAGUACCUCCGCGAUCUCGAAGUCCGCUCCAUCCCCAACCCGCAGUACAUGUCGCACCAGGACGACCUGGAGUGGAAAACGCGCGGCAUCCUCAUAGACUGGCUGAUUGAAGUCCACACCCGCUUUCACCUCUUGCCUGAAACCCUGUUCCUCGCCGUCAACAUCAUCGACCGCUUUCUGUCGGAAAAGGUUGUCCAGCUCGACCGGCUUCAGCUCGUUGGCAUCACGGCCAUGUUCGUCGCGUCCAAGUACGAGGAGGUGCUGUCGCCCCAUGUCGAGAACUUCAAGCGCAUCACCGACAAUGGCUUCAGCGAGGCCGAGAUUCUCAGCGCCGAGCGAUUUGUUCUCAGCACCCUCAACUACAACCUCAGCUACCCCAACCCCAUGAACUUUCUUCGACGUGUUUCGAAGGCGGACAACUACGACAUCCAAUCUCGAACCAUUGGCAAGUACCUCAUGGAGAUUAGCCUGCUGGACCACCGCUUCAUGGCCUACCGGCCGAGCCACUGUGCGGCGGCUGCCAUGUACCUUGCGCGCCUAAUGCUGGACCGUGGUGAAUGGGACGAGACCCUGGAACACUACGCCGGGUACACGGAGGAGGAAAUUGAGCCCACUGUCGAGCUCAUGGUGGACUACCUUGCUCGUCCGGUGGUGCACGAAGCCUUCUUCAAGAAGUACGCCAGCAAAAAGUUCCUCAAAGCUUCCAUCCUGGCUCGCCAAUGGGCAAAGAAGAACGCACCGCUGUUUGGCAUCACAGACACGGAUUUGUCCUUGGAUCAGAUCUCAUGA